AUGGCUGCGCGCACAGUGUGGGCUGCGGGGCGCUGCUCGGAGCAGGCCGGGGCCGUGAACCGUGCGGUCCGGAGGCUUCCGGGGCUCACCCAGGUGAGGUGGAGCCGCUAUGGUCCUGAGUUCAGGGAUCCGUUGACUGACAAAGGACAUUGCCGCAAGCCUGCAGCGGAGCUCACUGAAGAGGAGAAAUAUGAUCAGGAUCUCGGGAAAACCCAGCUCAUCAAAGCCGCGCCAGCGGCACAAACGUGCUCUGCAUUUGCAGAUCCAGUGAUCAGUAAAUCCACCAACAUGAUGAUGAAAGGAGGAAGCAAAGUACUGGCCAGAUCUCUCAUGGCUCAGACCCUGGAAGCUGUGGAAAGGAAACAGUUUGAGAAGUACCAUGCUGCUUCUGCAGAGGAACAAGCAACCAUUGAACGCAACCCCUACACCAUCUUCCACCAGGCACUGAAAAACUGCGAGCCUGUGAUUGGGCUGGUACCCAUCCUCAAAGGUGGCCAUUUCUACCAGGUCCCUGUGCCCUUAUCUGACCGACGUCGUCGCUUCCUAGCCAUGAAGUGGAUGAUCAAGGACUGCCGAGAGAACAAGCCUCGGCGGACACUGAUGCCAGAGAAGCUGUCAUAUGAGCUGCUGGAGGCUUUUGCAAACAAGGGCCCUGUGAUCAAGAGGAAGCACGAUAUGCACAAGAUGGCAGAGGCCAACCGUGCCCUGGCCCACUACCGCUGGUGGUAGCAGGAGUGGAGAGGUUCUGAGGAGCUGGGCGUGCUCUGUCGUGGCACACCACUUGAGCUGCUGCCCCACGGAGAAGCGCCUGUAAGUCGAGGAGGA